AUGGCUACCAUCGUCCGCACACAGACUGCACCACCAACCACUCUGCCUAACGAAUCAUCACAGGAUAGGCGAUGGCAAAGCCUCGAGACUAAUAUUCCCGCGCCUUUUCCGAGCCAAGCAGAGUGGGAGCAGGAGGAUUUGCUACGGGAGCUCGAGAAUGAAGAAUUGACCAUCGACAAGGUCGACCCAUUCCAUGACGAGCUCGACGGUCCAGCUACGAGAAGCAGUGCUACGAACGGGGAAGAGAGAGAUGUCGAGAGUGUUGCUACCCGAGAAGUCAGAAUCACAGCGGCGCAUUCUGUCCUUGAGGGACUCCAGUGUUCGCAUCUUCAAUCGCAUCCAUCCAAGGGGCUUCUUCUUGGACAUGCACUGCAGGACUUUUUCGACAUCAUACCGUCUAUUGCUCAUGUACAGAAGUCAUGUAUCACUACGCUCAACGACCUAUUAUCCACAACCACUCAUUGGCGUCCCAUAAUCCCCGAUCGUCGACAUUCCAUGCCCCCACGGCCCCCAUCUGACCUGGCCAUCUCUAUUCAACCGUCGUCCGCGCUCCAUACACUAGUACUCAACUUACGCGCGCAAGAUCCCACUUCCUCUGCUAGUCCUUCCUCGCUAGACACCAAAGAUGAUGCCGUAUUGAUGCAUGAGUUGCAAGUCCGUAUCGACCGACUCGCCGCUGCCCAGACACUUUCUCGACACGACGCCGUACUCGUUCGCACGCUCGCUUCACUUAUAGGGCAUUUCUUCAAAUUGUCUACUCUUCAGCCGACCGCAUCAGCGAGUAACUUGCCGCGUGUUGCCUCAUGGAGCACUGCUGCCCCCACAGGUCCCUUUGAUUCACUGACAGUCUUACGUCGAGAACUUAGCGACCUCCAGCUUGCGCGAGGCGACUCGGCUAAAACCAGUGACGGGAUCCGCACAAGCGGAACCCCGGUAGAACAAGUCGAAAUCGCUUUGCUCUGGGCGCAUGUAGACGAAGAGUUGGAGCAAGUUCUCGCGCUUUGCAGAGCACGGACGUCAGAUGCGGAACUCCUUCCGCCCGAUUACGAUGCCGCGUGGUAUGAUGAAGUAGGUGGCGAGGGACUCCCGCGGUACGAAGCAGGAUCUGCUAUGCUUACGGAGGAAGCGAAGGCAGGACCAUCGUCACCAACGGAGAUGCGUGUAUCAGAGGAAAGACUCGCGGGGGGGAAUGUGCUGAGCGAGAAGAUGCGAAUGGACCUCGAGGCGGUCACCCUUGCCAUCGAUAGGCUAUAUCUCGUCGCACCCCAGCUGCACGACCAACGCGUUGAAUUGAAGCGGUCCAAGGUUGAGGAGAUGGAGAAGGCUAGACUUGCAGGGCCGUCGCGUGAGAAUGUGCGAGAAGGGAAGCGGCGUGCAACGGAGAUAGAUGAUGUCAAGGACUUCGACCGAAUCGUGGACAUGAUUGGACGCGCGUCAGAUAGAAAGUUGGUUGACCAAGCGGUCGUGCUGGAAGGCGGGUUGAAGGCGAGGCUUGAGCGAGCACAGAAACGUGAUCGUGAAAAGCGCGAUGCCUUUGUUGAGCAACUGAUGCGGCAUUCGCAGGCCGGCAGAAUGCAUUCACAAGAUGCAGUCCGCACUCCGCCUGGCGCCGCACGCGACAAACUCAAGGACCCCAAUGUCAUGCUCACACUUCCGGAGUUUAUUCGAGAGGCAGUCCCUGAGACUUUGCAGCUGAAGAUGCAGAUCGCUGAUUCACAAGCAAUGCUAACAUUGCCGGAGUUUGUCAAAGAGCCUGUGCCUGAAAGUGCUAUACGCUCCCCGCCUCGUCGCACGAGAUCGGUGAAGGGGGCGAGGAAUAGAAGUAUGUCUGCGCCACCUCUAGCAUGGUUACUUGGAUCAUCCUCAAGACCAUCCUCAAGGCCGACUUCACCUGCCCCAGCUUCUCCAGUCGAAGUCAAGAAAUCUCGGUCUUCUAAGAUUCAGCGCGUCAGCUCUGCUAUCACUGUUCCAGCGCUACAAUCACAUCUGAAUGUUCACUAUGUCGCGGAAUAUCACGAGAACCUCCAGCACAUCAUCGUAUUUCUGUCUGUCUCCGGUAUAAUUGCUGGUGUCAAUCUGGAAGCGGAAGUAGUGCCUUCGUCAGGAGUGCCCGGCAAGACCAAUGAUGCCACGGAUUACCUCUUGCUUAAAUGUGGCCUUAGCACGUCGCCUUUCCUCCGUCUUCCAGCUCGUGUUGCUCCUGGUAAACAGACGGUGAUGGUGUCUGGUCAACACUAUGAGAUCAAGCUUGCUGUGUCGAGCCCUAUGGUCUCCAGUGACAACACUCUAGCACUUCUCGAUGGUGAUCGACUUCAAACCUUGCGGCCAACGAGUUAUCUCUGUGCAUCUUGCUCACUUCCCCUCGUGCAAUGUUCGCAGUUGCGAGAUUAUCGCGACUUGCCGUCAGAGCAUUGGGAAGAGCUAGUUGAUGCUUGGAUGUGCCAUUCUGACCAAAAGCUUCACGAACACGUCUCGAAACAUUCAAAUGAAGGUUUCUGGCCAACUAGGAGUCGUGCAUUGGUGGGAGGUAGCUACAUCUUGUUUGAGCAAUCUGUAGUCGUCUCAGGCAACCUUGCGCGUGUAGAGGAGUUGAUUGAGAGAAAGCAUGUCGAUGAUUGGCAACGCGUACGUUGUAUCUGUGGGGCCAUUGUCGGGCGUUGCCAGCAACACCGGCCAGCCAAGAUGCCACCGUCGGUUGUGUAUCGAUUGGCGAAGUAUGCUAUUCGCCCGCUGAGUCCGACCAUCGAGCUCCCCAAAAUUCCAUUAUCUGCUUUCAUAGCUGAAGACAUGAACGAAUUUGUCCACGCGCAUGCAACGUACCGCUUUAUCAUAUUUGAUGAAGAAGAGGAGCGACCCCGAAUUCUUGUCUGGUUGUUCAAGCCGAGCAUGCGCAUGGCGUAUAUAACACCGACAGAAUACAUCAUUCCGAAAUCUGGCUCAAUUCACGCGGCGAAGGUCCUCUUCAAAAUUCUUGGACCGUCCACCGUCUACUCAGAUCUACAUAGGAUCUUGAGUAAAUACCCCGGAUUCCCCCAGGCCGAACACCUACAUUAUCCCUUGGACAUUUGCUGGCGCCUCGCUGGCCUAUUGAAAGAGAGCAAUACUGGCUAUCCCAAGACCAUGCGUACAAUGACUGACCUUGAUGUCGGUUGGCUGCAGCGUGCGUAG